AGUUUAAAGAAAUUACUUUAUUUUGUAUCACUUCUUUAAUUUUUUUUAAUACGUUCGUGUUUUAAAAUGUUUAGAAUUGAGGCACAAAGCCCUUUAACUAAAGCUUGAUCUUAAACAGGCUUUAUAUGAUGAGCCUGCCACUGGGGCUGUCAACACAAUGGGGUCCUUCAUUUAGCGCCAGUUUUAGAUUCUCUCAUCGUAGAACAGUAGAAGCAAAGCUGUGUUCAGUAUGGAUUUACGUAUGUAAUAACGUUAUAUUAAACUUUUAAACAAUCCAUAAACAUCUGCGACGUAACGGCACUCUUCCUGAUAAGCAGGCCGAAAUCACACGACUUUGAGCACGCUUGUCAGUGGUACCCAGAUCAUUUAUAAUCCGCACAAGGUCCGACGACUGAAAAUGGAACGGGAGGAUGAUCUGGACCUUUUGACAUCGCUGUUGGAUGAGAAUGAGGACGUUGAAGAUCCACACGUUCAAAAGAGCUCGGUGGAUGACUUGGAUGAUCUGUUUGACAACGAUGACGACGACGUUGAAUAUGAAGACGGAAUCGCAGCGGAGAAGGCCGGAGGGAAGGAUGACGUGAUGACCGAUCUGUUUGGGGAUGUAGAUGACAUCGAAGAUGAGGAGACGGAGGGUGAGCAGCAAGCCGCUGACGCAGAAGACGACGACAGUCUUAACAAGUCGAAAGAGGACUUGCAAGAGGAGCUGCGGCGCAUGCAGGAGAAAAUGCAGAAGCUACAGCAGCAACUGUCGGCGUCUCAGAAGCCCCCUCCUGCCUCAGCCGCCACCCCUGGUCGGGGUGCCCGGACUGUGGCUUCAGUCAAGAAGAAGUCCCUCUCGCAGGGUGGGACCCCCGCCAAGGGCUCCGCUACCCAGACCCCCUCGAAGGGGAGGACCCCCGCCAAAGGCUCCGCUACCCAGACCCAUUCGAAGGGGAGGACCCCCGCCAAGGGCUCCGUUACCCAGACCACCACAAAGACACCCUCCUCCACUCAGAAGACUAAGCUCCCAGCAGCCAAAUCAUCUCCCCCAGACCUGGUUAGAGGAGUUGAUCCCAAGCGUGUGGAGUCCAGUGACUUCUCGGACCAGCUGGUGAACGCCGACAUGUUUAAACGGAAGCCACGCACAGCCCACCUGACCAAACCCAGCACGUCUCCAGAGGACAGAGGCCCAUUGGUGGAAAUCAAGAUUGGCAGCACUUUCCAGCCAGUGGAGCCCCGACCCCAGCCUUCAAACUCCCAACCGAGGCCCGCACCGCCCCCUGACCCCAAAGAUGUGGCAGUGGAAAAGUACUCUGGACUCAGGCUCAGGAACCCACUGGUCUCUUCCUGUGAGAUGGAUCGCAAGAUGGCGGAGCGGCGGUUGAUCCGGCUCUCCCAGUUGCCACAGCGCAUUGUUCAGGAGAAGCUGGAGGACAGCGACUGGGUGACGUUCGCAGUGCUGAUCAACAAGGCCACCAGGCAGGCCAAGGGGAGCGGAAACACGUUCAGCACAUGGACGCUCAGCGACCUCCACGACCUGGAGGUGUGCGUGACGCUGAUGCUGUUCGGGAACGAACACAAGGAGCACUGGAAGACGGAGGUGGGCACCGUCAUCGGAGUCCUCAACCCCAACCUGAUGAAGCAGAGGGACGGCUACGACGGGAUCAGCCUGUCGGUGGACAACCCCCAGAAGGUUCUGCUGAUGGGCACGGCGCAGGACUACGGCACCUGUAAGGGCAUGAAGAAGAACGGGGACCCCUGCUCCAAGAUAGUGAACAUGUACGACUGCCAGUUCUGCCAGUACCACGUCACAGCCGCGUACAAGAAGAUGAGCUCCAAGCGGGCCGAGCUGCAGUCCUCGUAUUCGGGGAAGGUUCCGGGUAAGGUGAAGGGAGCCGGCAGCCUGAAGGAGCGGCUGUGUCAGGGGGGCUUCUACUACGGGGGCGUGUCCUCCUCCGCCUGUGUCUCCUCUCUGGGCGGGUCCAAGCCCAACAAGUCGACCCAGCUAACCCUGAACUCGCUGUUCGUGAAGGGAGCCUCAAAGCAGGUCGACGAGGCCAAGAGACUGGUGGUAAAGUCGGGCGAGGUUUCCGGCUGCUCGGACGACUUUAAAAGCCUGAUGUCCCAUCAAACGCCCGGAGCACUGCAGCUGAAGAAGCACCUGCUGCACGCCAAAACCCCAGGCUCCCCGGGCGGCGCCGGCUCCGGCAUGCAGUCCAUCUCCGCCUCGGACCUGCUCAAACAGCAGAAGAAGAUGCAGCUGGAGCUGUUGGAGAGCCGCCGCCGCCGCGCCGCCGAGGCGCUCCAGAAGCAGGCCGGGCCUGCAACACCGAGGCCCGCGACUGCGUCCGUGUCGCACCCGACGACGGUCCCCAGGGUCUCUGCCUCUACAUCGGCCCCCAGGGUCUCGUCCUCUACGUUGGCCCCAAGGGUCUCGUCCUCUACGUCGGCCCCAAGGGUCUCGCCCUCGACGACGGCCCCCAGGGUCUCGCCUUCGACGUCGGCCCCCAGGGUCUCGCCCUCGACGUCGGCCCACAGGGUCUCGCCCUGUACAUCGGCCCCCAGGGUCUCGCCCUCGUCCUCGCGGGGGCCCGCGGGCCCACUGCUGUCCCCCAAAGCGGCCUCUGAGGUGCCCCGAGGGGCCGCCAGGAGCCCCCCCGCGGCCCACGCCCCCACCCUCGGACGGGGCUUCUCGGAGGGCGACGACAUCGUCUUCUUCGACCGCAGCCCGCAGCAGGCUCCGCCCCCGGCCGCGCUCGGGCUGUCGGCGGCCAAGAUGGCCGCCCUGAGGAGGUUGAAGGCGAAGGGGGCGGGGCUCGCCAAGGAAGACCCCAAUGCCGUGAAGAGGAAGAGGAGCAGCAAGGACGGCGAGAUCAGCGCCCGCGUGGAGAAGAACAUGGCGGCCGGCGAGGGUGAUGAGGCCGAGGCCGAAGAGGAGGAGCCGGCGCAGAAGAGAAGGCGGGACCUCAGCUACAUCCAAUCAGAUGAGUUCCAGAAGAUUCUCAAGGCCAAGUCGCGCCAUCAGGCUGCGCUACAGGCGGCGGAGUACCAGAUCCAGGAACGUUACUUCGACCCCCUGGUGAAGAAGGAGCAGCUGGAGGAGAAGAUGAGGGACACCAAGGAGAUGAAGUGUCGAGCCGUCUCUUGUAAACAGUGUAAUUACACCUACUUUAAGCCUGCGGACCGCUGCGUGGAGGGGAACCACCAGCUGAAGUGGCACGACGCUCUGAAGCGCUUCUUCAAGUGUCCCUGCGGCCAGCGCUCCAUCGCCCUGGACCGGUUACCCAGCAAGCACUGCAGUAACUGUGGGCUCUUCAAGUGGCAGAGAGACGGCAUGCUGAGGGAGAAGAAGGGGCCCAAGAUAGCAGGCGAGCUACUACAGCCGCGCGGCGAUGAGGGGCCCAAGUUCCUGAACAGCAUGCAGUGAGGUCACUUUGGCCCAAUCCCAUUUCUACCCCUUACGCCUUCCCCUUACGCCUUCCCCUUACCCCUUCCCCCUUCAAAACAAGGGGGAGGGGGAAGGGGAGGGGUAAGGGGUGGAAUUGGGAUUGGGCCGUUUCCUCUCCCUCAGAUACCUCCCCCCCCAACAUGGGGACAAAACCCCAAACCCUGCUGGAAGUCUCUUAUUUACUGUGUUGUACAGGAGAAAUACUUUUUACAUUUCGUCACAUCCUUUUUUGUUUUUUUUGUACAUUUUAUGAACUGUGAGAUUUUCGUACUAAUAAUGGAUAAUUUAAAUGUUUUUAAAUUUUUAUUCUGUUGAGCUGAGGGAUCAUUAAAUGGUUUACAGCUGGACUAGACUGCCUACACUUUUUUUAAAUAUAUUAACAACCUUAAUAUUAAGGUCAAGGCUGUGCUUAACCUUUAAUAUAUUAACCAGAAUAGUUCCUCCCUCCUCUUUACACUUUACAUUAGUGUCUCGUUAGUGCGUUUAAUUACACAAGUAGAACUGUGUAAUAGGCAAUGUUACAUGUAACAGCAUAAUAUUUAAUAACGUUGGGGAACAGCCAAACCAGUGGUUAGGGUCAGGGGUUAAGGUUAGGAAUAGGCGAAAGGGCGAGUUCCCCACUGGGGUUAGGGUAAUGCGGUUCCCUAACUUCAUUACCUAUUCAGUACACGCUGUAUCAUUGCUUAAUGCAUGGGUAAUUAUACUCUAACAAGGACACUGGCAUGUAAACCUCCACUGUAGCAGCUUUCUGUUUUCUUGAAUAGCAAGAGCGCAGAGCGAAAGAUAAAACUGGACAAAAAAAACCAGUUUUGUUUUAUCUUGGACUGCAGAGACCCAUUUUCCGUCAAUAUUCUCCUCUCUGGAAUGUGGGCGGCUUUACAGGGAAUCCAGUCGUUAUUCAGCGGCUCCGUCUGAUGAGUUUUACAGGGAGGAAAUUCCACACCGAAGAACCGCAUGGGUCUUAUUCACCUUGCGGCCAUGUUGGCUCCAUCUUGGUCCGGAAGGCUAGCAGGGUGAUGGAACUGAAGGCUGUAUUUUGCAUUCAGUGCCAUCAACCUGCUAGGGUUACAAAACAAGAUUGCCGCCAGGUUACCAAGGCAUAUGGCUUCUCUCCACACCUACGCAGCAUUCGCCCAGAAAUAACAAAAGACUACAAGCCAGUUAUUCUCAAAUGAGAACUGUAUGAUUCUUUAUUGAGUUGAAGGAAUAAUGCUGAGUAUGGUAUUAAAGGACACAGGUAUUUCAGCCAAAGUAUUUCAAAGAUAAUUGUAUGCCUACGAAACCUCUAUGAACUGUACAAAAGUUUAUUUAUACACUUUUAAGAUGUAAAUAUUGGCCCUCCAGGGUAAAAGAAUGCUUUUCAUCACCCACAAAGCAUUGGUUUGCAUUUAACAGGCUUUAGAGUAAUUAUAUACAAUAAAGAUUUUUUGUUAUGCAGAGCGUGACCAAAAUAAAAAGUGAAACUGAGGGAAGCACCAUGUGAUCACAAUUUAUUUUAUUUGCUCAAAAUUUGGUAAAAAAUUGUCAAUACUUAUCAAUACGAUUUGAAUUAAGCAUUUGCUUACUUUAAACGGGUUAUAAAUUCUCCAUUCCCCAAUGGUAUGGCUUUCUGUUGCUGGUCUAGUCUAGGGGUUUUAGUGGUUAGUGAUAACAUCAAGAUGUUUCGGUUUGGACGGUUGUCCUCUUUUUAAAAUGCAAAAGGAUUAUCAAUCAACUAGUGUCCACAGUUUGCACACUACAAUCGAUCUGCCUCAGAAAUAGUACACCAGCCGGGUACUUUGAGUAUACCGUUUCUUGCAUAAUAUGAUUAAAUAGGAUUUCAGACACACUACCUUAUACUCAGCCAACUACGCAGUAUGUUAGUGUAGAGUUUCAGACUCGGACCAGGCUUUAACAGUUGCCGCUGUCGUUUCUGUCACUCUUUUCGAUGAUUGAUGGGUUCGAGGAGGAUCUAUCCCCGCCCGUUCUGAAGCCAUUGAGCGCGCUCGGCUUCAGUCGUGCCAGUCAUAGCGGGGGUACUGUCCGUCGUACUGGUACUCCCGAUACUGUUCGGUGGUCUCUCGUGUCCUUUCGUUUUGCUCUGCAAAAGAGAGCAGGCA